GUGUCUAAACUAAUAGUAGAUCCAAUCGGGAUUUACUAUUCAAUCGUUUAUCCAUUUGAAUUGAAUAAAUGUUUAUCCAUGUAUUCUUAUUCGUUCAUAACAAUCUUUCCAUGAUUACGAUCUCCAGUCUGUCUACUGAGAUCUAAUAUUGGAUUUCUAUUGUUUCUAUGAUUCAAUACAUCUGCGAUACAACACCUGUAAAAACUUUUAUCCUCGCUUUUUAACUUUUACCCCUUUUUUGUUAUCUUUUUUUAACAUGAGUACAUUGCUGCAAAAGUAUCAAUACAAUAUAUUAGAAAGACCCAUUCGCACAUUUGCCAUGCAGUCAUCCUUCAUGAUGACUUUGGGUGACAUAAUCUCUCAGCAAGCAAUUGAAAGAAAAGGUUGGGAAAACCAUGACAUUGCCCGGUCACUUCGAACGACUGUGUACGGUGUUUGUAUCGGCGGACCUGUCAUGGGAAGCUGGUUUGGUUUUAUCAACAGAACUAUCACAAUUAAGAACCGCUGGGCAGCUACCGGUACCCGUGUCAUUGUGGACCAAACAUUGUUUUCACCCGCUAUUUUGGCAGUCUUUAUGGGUGGCAUUUCCUUAUUAGAAGGUAGAACUAUUCCGGAAAUCCAAGAGAAGUUUCAUGAGAGUUAUUAUAAUGGUUUGAUGAAUUCAUAUCGUUAUUGGCCCUUUGUCAGUUUAUUUACUUUUGCCUUGAUUCCGCUACAUUAUCGUCCAAUCGUCAAUAGUGGAUUUGGUAUCAUCUGGAAUGCUUACUUAUCACACCUCAACCAAGAAUCUUUGCAGGCAUUGAAAUUGGCUCACCCUACAAUCAUACAAACAACUACCAUAUAGAUUUAGAUUUAUAUUUAUACACUUACAUUUAGACACCCCCCCCCCCUUUCGCUCAGUAUCGCGAAUUUCCUAGAAAAGGAAAGAAGCGCGCGUUUCCUAAACCCAUUUUUUAAGGCGCGUUUUCAAUAAAAAAUUAAUAGGUUUGUUUGCCAACAGA